AUGGCUACCACCAUCCAAGAUACAGACCUAUUCUCCGACGAAUCCAGCUUCUAUGGCGAUGACACUCAAAUAACGCAUUAUGAAGACCUCGCAGACAGCUAUGACCCAGAGCCAUAUUGGGUUGAGACUCACCCACACCUCUUAACCACCAUCCAGCACGAUGCGCUUGUACCGGCACAACCAUCACCAGCAUCGAAAACCACCGCUGGCUUGGAAGAAGAAGAAUGCUUGCCGCCCAUAGGAUCUCGCAGGUUGCCGCGAAAUGCGCGAGGUCGAAACGAGCCAGUUCCAGAAUUUCUUGCACGUCUACCGCCGUCCACCACAAAGGAAGAGUCCGUUGGACCGUGGAUCUUUGUCUCGGAGCCAAACAGGAGGAAGGGCGUUGAUGAAGAGGAAGAAGAGGACAUGGCGAGCUUUGUCGCCAAAGGUACGGAACUACUGCACGAGUUCAAGGAGAAGAAGACCGAACUGGAAGAAGAACAUGACCGCUCUGGUGCCAAAAGCAAGGCACCGCUGACCCGCAAGUUGAAUGUUCACCGACGCGCGCUGGAAGAAGACAUUUUCGCGCUGGCGCGAGAGAAUGGUGUCGUUUCUGGGAAAUGGAUGCUAUUUCCAUCUGUCGGCCGCGUGGAUGCUGUCUGGAAGGCGGUGGUUGAGGCAACAGUGGACGGGGAAUUGGGGGAUGGAGCAAAAGUUGCGACAGAUGCAGGUGACCGUGAGGCGCGAGGGAUGAUGAUCUAUACGAAGGAUUACGAGGAUACUGAAGAUGUUCGGCGGGUGCUUGGGAAAUUGGUGGAGUUGGAAUUGGUGAACAUUGAGCAGCGGAUGGGUAUUUACUACAAGGCUGAUGCGUUUACGUAUCUGAGAAUUUUGGGGGAUAACCCGUAUGGAUUGAAAGCGAGCCUGUACUCUAGUAAGGAUGUUCUGGCGGGGAAGGUUUGA